GAGAUAACAACCUUACCGCAUUGUUUUUGGAAGUGUGUGCGCUGCCGAUGCGUUGCUUGAUUGCUUCAUCUUCACGUGAUAAAACCGAAAGCGACUUCUCCGAGUCUCGUCAGGUCAGACUCGCAGUCGCAGCAAUGGCGGCCGAGGAGAUCUUGGAGCUCUCCAAUGGCCGCAUCACCGCCAAGAUCGCCGCCUGGGGCGCCACCAUCACCUCCCUCAUCGUCCCCGACGCCCACGGGAAUCUCGCGGAUGUGGUUCUUGGAUUCGACACUCUGGAGCCUUACAUGAAAGGCAUAUCACCUUAUUUUGGAUGCAUUGUUGGCCGUGUUGCAAAUAGGAUCAAGGAGGGAAAGUUUACUCUGAAUGGAGUUGAGUAUUCACUAGCUAUCAAUAAUGGACCCAACAGUCUUCAUGGUGGGUUGAAGGGGUUUGACAAAGUAGUGUGGGAUGUAGUAGAGCGCAAAAGUGAAUGCCCAUCAAUCACCUUCCAAUAUCACAGCAAGGAUGGGGAAGAGGGCUACCCUGGCGAUGUGACUGUUCGAGCAACAUACUCUCUUCCUGAUUCUACCACCUUAAGACUUGACAUGGAAGCAGUAGCAGAGAACAAAGCGACGCCCAUCAACUUGGCGCAGCACACCUACUGGAACCUGGCAGGGCACAACUCCGGUGACACCUUGGAUCAUUCAAUCCAGAUCUGGGGAAAACACAUAACUCCAGUUGACGAGAACACGAUUCCCACCGGUGAGAUAAUGCCUGUCAAGGGCACACCUUUCGACUUCACAACAGAGCACAAGAUUGGAGCCCGCAUCAACGAUGUGCCUGGAGGAUAUGACCAUAACUAUGUGCUGGACUCUGGCGAAGAGAAGAAUGGCCUGAAGCAUGCUGCCAAGCUGAAAGAUUCAUCGAACUCACGGACCCUGGACCUCUGGACUGAUGCACCUGGAAUGCAGUUCUACACUGCUAACUAUGUGGAUGGCGUAACUGGCAAAGGUGGUGCCGUUUAUGGGAAGCAUUCCGGAGUAUGCUUGGAAACCCAGGGGUUUCCUAAUGCCAUCAACCAACCCAAUUUCCCCUCCGUGGUGGUGCAGCCUGGUGAGAAGUAUAAGCACACUAUGCUGUUUGAGUUCUCAGCCUAAUUAGUGAUGCUGUGAACAGCUCAAAUGGCUGCAACUGCAGCUCAUUGUAGAAUCAAAUAAGAGAAAAUCUAGCAGAAAUCUAAGAUGUAGAGCAAAGAAUAAAUAUUAGUUACCAGACCUGGAUGGUUGUAUCUUGUCUUACAACCAGAAUAAUAUAAUACGAAUAAAUAUCAGUUACCAGACCUGGAUAGUUGUAUCUUGUCUUACAACCAGAAUAAUAUAAUACGAAUGUUCAGAGGUAGAUUUAUGAAGUGGUUGCACGUA